AUGGAGAGCUCAGAUGUGGAGCUGGACCUCCAGCGGAGUGUGCAGGCAGUGCUCCGGGAGCUCAGCACCCAGGCCCCAGCCCUGCAGAACAACCAAGGCAUGUGGAGAUGGUCCCUGCACAAGAAGGUCGAGCGAGAUCCUGGUAAGAGUCCGGUGCUGGUCCGAAUUCUGCUCAGAGAACUGGAAAAGGCAGAAAGCGAAGACCUCCGGCAUGUCAUCAUUCCCUUGCUGCAUACCCUACUGUACGUGCUCACUAAGGCCACCGGCAUCAGGGAGGAGCUCUACCGGAGAACCUACAACUUUUGCACGAAGCUGCUAACCCUGCCCGCCCCCUACUGCACAGUAGCCUUGGACUGCGCCAUAAGGCUGAAAACAGAGACAGCUGUCCCAGGGACGCUGUACCAAAGGCUGGUCAUUGCCGAACAGAACCUGACGAGUGAGCUGUACCCCUACCAGGAGAGAGUGUUCCUCUUCGUGGAUCCUGAGCUGGUGUCUCCCUCCGUGUGCAGCGCCCUGCUGCUGGAGAUCGAGGCGGCCCAGGCGCAGCAGACCCCGGAGGCCUGCAUGCGCCAUGUGGUCUCCCACGCCCUGCAGGCCGCACUUGGGGACUCCUGCCAUGCAAGUUCCCUGCAGAGGAAGCUGAAGGCCAGCCCUCGCCACGCCCUGGAGCGCUAUUUCCACGCCGUGGUGGCAGCCGUGGAGCAGAUGGCCGGCGAACCCAACCCGAGCCGGGAGGUACACCUGGAGAGGCUGGAGGAGAUUUACUGCUCGCUGCUGGGGCCGGCGGCGGCCGCCAGGGGGAGCUGCUGCGGUGACCGCCUGCAGGACCCGCAGCCAAGCAUCCCUCUGCCCAGCCCUCACAUCACCUUCCACCUGUGGACCGAUGAGGAGCAGCUCUGGAAGGAACUGGUACUCUUCCUGCGCCCGCGAUCCCAGUUGCGCCUCAGUGCCGACUUGGAGGCCUUGGACCUGCAGGGCCUCUGGCCAGACCGGGAGCUGGCCCGGGCGUCCAUGCUGUCCACUGACAGUGGCAUCGAGCGGGACCUCCCUGCAGGGGCCGACGAGCUGCCUGUCCCCGGCAGCCCUGAGAUGGAGCGUGCCGGGCUGCAGCGCAAAGGAGGCAUUAAGAAGCGGGUGUGGCCCCCCGACAUCUUGAUGCCUGCGUGCUGGGACGGGCCCCAGGGGCUGCACCGCAGGACGGGCAUGCCCAGUGGGGAUGGGGAGCUACUGCCCGGUGUCUCCCGGAUCCACACGGCCAGGGUGCUGGUGCUGGGGGACGACAGGAUGCUGGGGCGCCUGGCCCAGGCCUACCACAGCCUCAGGAAACGAGAGACCCAGAAGUUUUGCCUCACCCCCAGACUCAGCCUGCAGCUCUACUACAUCCCCGUGCUGGCGCCCAAGGAGCCGCCGUCAUGCAGACAUUCGGAGCUCAGGGAGCUGGCCACGUUCCUGGGCCGCGCAGACCCGUGGUACCAGAACACCGUCAACACACUAUGCCCGGCCAUCCACAAGCUGGCAGAGAUGCCCCCUUCCCUGGACACAUCCCGGACUGUGGACCCCUUCAUCCUGGAUGUCAUCACUUACUACGUUCGCAUGGGCACCCAACCCAUCUACUUCCAGAUCUAUACUGUCAAGAUCUUCAGGGACCUGAGCCAAGACCCCGCAGAGGACAUUUUCCUCACCGAGCUGAAGGUGAAGAUCCAAGACUCCAAAUUCCCCAAAGAUGGCUUUUCACCCAGGAGGAAGGGUGCGGCCGAGGGCCCAGGGGCCGAGCUGUCCAUCUGCUACCAGAAGGCCCUGCUCAGCCACCGCGCCCAAGAGGUCUCCAGUUCCCUGCGGGCCACUGGGCUGGUCCUGAAGGCCCUUCCAGCCAGUGACACUGAGGGUGGAUUAACGUCACCGAACACCUUCAUCGGAGGCGAGGCCAUGUUCAACGUCAAACACGUCAACGCUUUGAAUCCUGUUCGGGGCCCACCCACGCCCCCCCCAUCUGCUGCUCCAGUCAUAGACCUCAGGUGCCUGAAUGUCAGCGUGAUGGAGGUGGUCAAGUCCUCCAACUUGGCGGGCAGGUCCUUCUCUACGGUGAAGAACACCUUCCGGACGGCCACCAUCCAGAUCCAGAGCCAGGACCAGAGGCUCCUGACGCUGCUGCUGGACAAGGACAGUCGGCGCACGUACAGGGAUGUGGUCAGGUUCGAGGUUGCUCCCUGCCCAGAGCCGUGUUCCGGGACGCACAAGUCCAAGGCGCCGUGGCUCGGUUCACCCCGGCCGGAGGUGGAAGGGACCAAAGCCAAGCCCAAGCCCCUUCUGAUGCCCAUCAACACGUUCUCCGGCAUCGUCCAGUGA